UCCGCCGCUUGGCCAGGCAUGAAGUGUGGCUGCCUGGGUCCGACGUGCUGCGGCAUCUGCGGCCUUGCUGACGUUGCUGGCCGGCCGCGACUCACGCGCGACAAUGCCGCGCAAUGGACGCCUCCGCCGCUGCCCGACAAGAGGAACGAGGACAAGGCCGCCGAGCGCAAUGCAGAUGAUGGGCUGCCGACGCUGUGGUUUUGGCAGAUGGAAGGCUACCGGUGGCCGCUCGACGCAGCUGGCAAGGGCAUCGGGCGCAUCUACAACACCGCCUCGAGAGCCUGGACACGCCUCGCUGGUGACGACGACUUCCGAGCGGACGAGACGGGGGGGCGCUACCUGCGCGCGGAUGCGCAAAGAGAGCGAGAGAAGGAGCAGGAGAGGGCAGAGGAGGCGCAGCAGUGGGCCGAGACGGCUGCGGCCGAUCAGCAGGCCAGGCGCUCGCGCGUGGAGCAGCGGCGUGCAGCGGACGAUCAGAUCUGCUCACGCCACACGCGUGUGAGUGCGCCGCGCGCGGCUCGCGAGGAUGUGCGAGGGCGGAGGCUGCGGCAGUGGGCGAAGCGCUUCCGCGCGCCGCCGUCGUCGGGCGACGAGUCGUCCGAAGACGACGACUUUAAGCUCCAGCUCAGCUUGUGCCGGUCUCGGGCUGACCGGCGUGAGAUGCGCUUCUGGCGCCGCUGGGAGCGCGACGGGCGCCCCGAGAUCAUUCAUCCACCGCCGCCCACGCCCGAGCAGAUCGCAGCGGGCCUCAUCGAGGAGCUGGUGUGCACGCUCGAGUACGAGGCGCGCAAGGCCGAAGUCAUCGCCGACGGCGCCACGCUGUACAACAAGAACUGCUUCCGCAUCGACGCGCAGUCGCGGCGGCAUGACGACGACGACGCUGCCUUCGUGGCGUACCCGGACGGCUCGCGGAGCUGGGUACAUCGGCCCUUCCGGACGACGUACGACCCGAACGGCGGCAACGCGCCGGCGGACCUGCUCGGCGAGAAGGAUCCGCGCCUCCUCGUCAUGCCAUGGGCGACCGACUACUGCUUCCGCGAGCCGGACGUCGUGGAGGGCGCGACUGCCGAGGAGGUCGCGCAGGUCUGCACGCUGCUGCGCUCGCUCUCGCGCUUGCUCUUGCUCCUGGGCAACAGCUGCAACUCCAACCCGUAUGCCCCGCCCGCGCUUGGCUGGCUCAAGGAGCACCUCGAGUUCCGCCGCUGCUGCACACACGACUGGUGCUUCGAGGUCGGCGUGCCGUGCACCGUCGACGAUCCGGAGCGCGUCCUGGUCGCCGUACUCAGCGUGCAUGAGACGUGGCACAUCUCGCAGCUCGUCGAGUGCUGGCGGGAGACCCGGCACUUCAAGCAGAUCGUCGAGCCGAUCGUGCAGCGCACAGGGCGGGAUUACUUUGCCGUUUGGAACGAGCAGUACAAAGAGCAUCAGGCGCAGUCGCCGUGCCUCCGCUCUAGCCGCGACGUGCGGCUUGGGCUCGAGCAGCAGCGGCUGGCGUGCGGCCAGCACCAUCUCCGCCCCCUGCAGCCGGUGUGCGUGCGCGUGAGGCCGCGGCGAGACUCGCCAGCCACAGAGGCUAUCGCACGCGAAAAGGGCGUCUUUGCGCCUCAUCUGCCGAAUAGCGAGGCGGCCUUCAAAGCGGGGCUCUCGGCCAAGGCGCAGAAGUGGGAGCAGCGCUACGUGUGCAUCUGCGGCGCCUCGUACGAGGAGAUGCUGCUCGUCGCGCGCAGCGACGACAUCGCCCGGCAGUCGCGUGAGGUGUAUCACGAGAUCCGCAGACAGUGGAUGAUCGAGGAGGAGCGCAAGGAGCAAGAGCGAGAGGAGGCGAUUCAGCGAAAGCGCCAGAGAGUAGCAGAGCCGCCGCCAGCUGAGCACCCACUCGGACUGCCUUCUGGAUUUGACAACGGCGUAGUGCCAGACGCUGUUUAGAACUGUGGUGUAGGUAGGUAGGUACGUAGGCAGCGCCGAAUAUAAAUUAAGAAUAGCGUU